AUGAAGAAGUACAGGGAACACCUCGCAUACCUGUACAACCUGCACGAAGACUUUAAGGAUGAAUUCACAUCAAUCCUCAACUGGCCCCUCAUGCCAACUGAGUUUGAGGCUGCCUGGAAAAGACUCAUGGAUAAGUACAACCUCCACGAUUAUGCCACGAUGGUGGCCAUGUGGAAUGAGCGUGAGAGAUCGAUAUCAGCCUACUUCAAAGAAAUUUUCUGCGCCAAAAUGACAUCCACACAGCAAAGUGAGAGCAUGAACUAUGUGCUCAAGAAGAACUUCGUAAGUGUGAGACAAAACCUACACUGGUUUGUCAGCCAGGUAAACUCCUGCGUCAAAACCAGGAGGCAGACAGAGAAUCAGGAGACAAUGGAGACGGAAGAGCCCACAAAGUACCUCGUGCGCUACAACCACCCGCAAAAACUGUCUGCGUGGGCUCAGCACGCGUUCCAGGUGGUUGCAGACCCCGUGGGAGAAACAUAUGAGUGCAAGUGCAGGCUAUGGGACCACACAGGUCUUUUCUGCGUGCAUGUCCUGUGCAUGAUGCAGACAAUUAAGGCUGCCGGCGUUCCAGAGAAAUACAUCCUCAGGAGAUACACCAAACGCCCGAACAUCCAGCCAACAUUCAACAGAAAUGACUUGAGGAUAGUAGCGUCAAACAAGGCAUCCCAAUACUGCAUUGAAAGCUCACUGCUGACGCUGAACAUGAGGGUGCACAGAAAAAGCCUGAGAAGCCAAGAGCAAAUGGCGAGGUCACGGGUCGUCUUGGACAAGCUUGAACAAGAACUCGACGCCAUGCACUCUGCUGAAAAUGGAGGUGUCGCGGACAAUGAAGCCAUUGAGCAGGAUAUUGAUACAAUGUUAUCUGAGAUGAACCAUCUGGGAGCUGUUGACCCGUUCGACAAUGAGGAAGAGGAGCAGCAGCAACCAGAGCUUGCCCAUGUGCACACUCAAGAGUAG